AUGCUGCGCGUUUUGUACGAAUCGCGAAACAAUCAAAUGGACGCGUUGAAUGACGAAAUCACCACAUUGAAGUGUCAAGUUGAUGAGUUGAAGCGCGAAAAUGACAAUCUACAAAUGCGUGCGAGUGUUUUGGGUGGCGAAUUAUUGGUGGAAAAGGAUAAGCAUAAGAAUUGUGCCAAAGAGAUUAAGGAUGUUAGGAAUACGUUGAAGAAGGCUGAGAAUCGAGCGACAAAAGAGGAGUGAGUUUUUUUUGGCUGAAAACUUGGAAUUUAUCUGAAAUCCAUAAUUUCUACAGAAAAAACUUUAAAAUUGAAAAAUCAUAAUUUUCAAAAAUUAACUGUUUCAAAAAAUUUUGAAAUAUUUUCCCAGGAAUAAGAUUUUUGAUUUUUCAAUAUAAAAAUAAACACGUUCAAAAUUACAAAUUUGAUUUUCUAGGUCUUUUUCAAAAAAGUUUUUAGGCCAAAUUUGGAUGUCUAGGGUUUUUGUGGAAAAAAUGGCUGAAAAUCUAGAACUUUUGAAAAUUCUUGGGUUUUUCCAACAAAAAUAUCCCAAUCAAAAAUUUGAAAAAUUUACUGUUUCAAAAAAUUUUGAAUUGAUUUCUUACAAUUAGGAAAUUGUUAGUUUUUUUGCUCUCGAUGGAACUAAUUUAGUUUAUUUUCAAAUUGAAGAUUUCUGCUGGAAAUUUAGAAAUCUGUAAAAUUGAUUACCUCGAACAUUCCCUAAUUUUCCAGAAAUCGUGCCAAUUCGAAUCAAAUCCAACUCAACGACGCCGAAGAAAAAGCCAAAUCACUUCGAAAAGAACUCGAUUCGGUCAAGAAGAAGUCGGCCGAAGAGCGAACCAAAACGAAAAAAGAGAAGGACCGCGAUACUCAAACAAUUCGAGCACAAGCCAACGAAAUAAAUGCCCGUGAAAAAGAGCGCGAUCGAGCGAUGGGAGAUUUGGAGGAUAUGAGAAAAGUGAAAGAUCGUGUUGAAAAGGAGAAUGGCAGAUUGAAUAGUCAAUUGGGACAAAUGGUGGAUAGAGCGAGAAGUGCGGAGGCGAGUGUUUUGGAGGCGAGAAUGAGUGGAUGUUUGGAUGUGUUGAAUAGAAGAAAGACUGAAUUGCAAAGUGGAUUUGAUGAGACACAGAAGAAUUUGAAUAUGUGAGUGAUUUUUGGGGGAAAUGCGGGUUUUUUUUUGAUACCAAACAUGGUCAUUUGUGACUAGAAGUUCUACACAAAAAUCGGAUAUUCUGGUUUUUUUCUUCUAAAGACAUAACGAAAAUCGGAAAACUCCGAGAAAAUAUGAGAAAUUUUUGAAACAGUGGAUAUUUUUCAAUGACAUUUUAAUUUUUGAGCAAUUUUCCGCUGUAAGAUUCCACAAAAACUAUCAAAAUCACAAAAUUACUAGAAAAUAUGAGAAAGCUUUGAAACAGUGGAAUACAAAAAUUAGAAAAACAAUUCCAUAUUUUUGAAAAAUUUUGCUCUGAAAAUUCAGCUUACGCAUACCUAUGAAAAAACCAUCGAUAUUCGCAAAAUUACCAGAAAAUAUGUGCAAAUCUUGAAACAGUGGAAUUUUUCAUUGAAAAAAUUCACUGUUUCAAAAAAUUUAUCAAUUUUCGGAGGUUUUUCCAAAAAUUAAUGAAUUAUUUUUUGCACCUAAAAAUUCACAGAACUUUUCACUGUUUCAAAAAAAUCAAAAAUGGUUUUUUUUCUUCGAAAAAAUUUGCUGUUUCAGAAAAUGUAUCAAUUUUUAGAGGUUUUUUCCUCAUUUUGAUAGGUUCUUCUAUUUUCAACACCCAAAAAUCUAAAGAAAAUUUUGAUUUCACGAAAAUCUGAAAUUCCUGUUUUCCAGAGUUCGCCAAGCCUCUGACCGUGAUCUUCUUCGCAAAUCGCUCACCGAAUGGAGAACAGCUCUCGACAAAUGCGAUCAACACAUCAGAUCAACCACCUCGCAAUACGAAUCAUCUAUCAAAAAUGUUCGAUCGGGUUCAUCAACCUUGUCCCAAAUUGGUGAUAUCAAAAUUCCAUCCGAUCCGCUGCCGAAAUUGGUGAAACCACCGCCAGUUCAAGUUGUUGCGCCGUCAUCUGUACCGGGAGUUAUUGGCCAACGAUCUUCUGCUACAACAUCAGCGGCGUCGCGGACAAAUACUUGUAGCGGAGAGUCGCCGACGGUUUCCGCGUGCUCGACGCCGUCGCGAAGCCGCGUUUCCCGCCUUCCAUCACCGGUGAAUAAUUCGAGUGCCGCGAAACCUUCGGAACCCAACAAUUUCUGGUCAUGGAAUACUAUUGGAAAUCUUGGAAGUUUUGGCGAAAGUUCGAAUUUCAAUAGUAGUUUUGAUCAACUCCAUCGUGAUAUUUGGGCGAUGAAUGGAAAUGGAUCGGAUUUCCAGAGAAGUUCGUCUUUGAAUUCUUCGGUCAGUGCUCCUCAAGCAUCACGCCAGAUUUCUGCGCCGCCACAAAUCUCACAAGCACCAUUGGCUCCAAGAGCUCCAGCAACUUCCACUAACUCCACUACACCGUUUUUGACUGGAUUUAAUACGGAUAUUUGGAAUUAUCAAGCUCAACCACAACAGUACACUCCAAGCAGCCAACAACAGCCACAAAGACUUGCGAAUUAUUAUGGAGCACCGCAUAAUGGAGCUGGUGAUCAACAACAACAACAUCAACAGAUGUCGAAUGGUGAGAUUUUGAGGGGUUUCUAGCUGGGAAAAUCUGAUUUUGGACGAAAAAUUCAUGAUUUUGGCCGAAAAAUUUUGGAUUUUUUGUUAAAAAAUCACCCAGAAAUGAUUACCCAAAAAAUUUCAUAUUGAACAAAUUUUCAGAAAAAAAAAUCAUUCAGACCACAUUUUGUUUUCAAUCUGAAUGUUCAUUAAAAAUUUCGAAGAUCGCCUCUAAUUUGAGGUUUUACGGGUUUGCAGCCUGAAAAUUUAGAUAUUCGAGGUUUUUCAGAUAGGGAAUCCUACUUUUGACACAAAAUUAAAUUUCCUGCAAAAAAUAGAUUUCAAAAAUUUCAUAUUGAAAAAAUUUUCAAUAAAAAAUCUAUUGAUUUACACCUUUUUGUUUUCAAUUUUAUUUUUCAUAAAAAAUUUCGAAUUUCGCCUCUAAUUUGAGGUUUUACGGGUUUUCAGCCUGAAAAUCGUGAUUUUGCUGUAAUUUUGACCCAAAAUCGUUUUUGUCCGAAAAAGUUUCACACUAAUUUUUCAUUAAAAAAAUUCACUGUUUCAAAAUUCUCCUAUAAUUUUUGAGCGAUUUUUCGACUCUGGGUGUCGCGAUUUCGGGAUGAAAAUGGGCAAUUUUCAACCCGUAACCGGCACUCCAAAAAACGUGGAAUUUCAGAGCUGUCUGAAAAUUUGACUGAAAAUCCUCCAAAAAUCAAUAUUUUCCCACAGGUUCCGCAUUGUUUGCCAAUCUCGGAAUGCUCAAUCCAUUAUCAUCGGCGGCCACAAAUCCAUGGCGAGCUCCACCGACUUCGUCCAACUCGAACUCUGCAACGUCAUCAUCACAAAAUCCACCGCCAUUUUAA